AUGGACGGGCUCUGGAGUUGCCGGAUGAUCGUACUGCAUGGGGGUCUGAACGACGGAUGUAUUCUACUGUGGGCGGAGCGAUCUGAAGGCGAAGCGCGUCCCGAGGGGAACGGCCAUCAGGAGGCCAAUCAGCAUCCCUGCUGCGCCGGUCCGGGCGAGUUGACCGACCUUCUGGCUGGCGCCGUGCCCGAGUUCAGGGCGGAAUCGGGCGAGGCUGUUUCCGUCACCGCGUGGCUGCCCAGCCGGGGCGGCCGGCCGAUCCCGUCCAGCACGCUGUUGGCGGACCCGUCCAAGUCCCGGGCCAAACCCAGGCUGGCUCCCUGGACGAUAGCGGCUAACCGGCUGUCCCCGGCCGAUGCCAUCCCGAUACUGCGGGCCUGCGAUGGCCGUGGGGCGCUGACCGCCGGCGUGAUCAUUGGAGCUGACCUUGCCUACUGGGGCCGGGCGCUGCGCUUUGCGGCGGGAUUGGUGGCCCGCCAGCAGUACCUGCCGGGGGUGGGGCAGGACCUGGCGACGCCCCGGGCCACCUGGAUACCCCUGUUUGUGGGAGCCGACGCCGAGCGACUGGCGCGGUUGAGCCGUCGCAUGCCGGCGUCGGCCCGUGCGCUGUCGGAACCCGACGCCACCGAGCCUCCCGACCUGCCGGCGGAGGCGAUGCUCAGGACCUUCGUGGCGGCGGUCGCGGACCACCUGGUCAGACACGGGACCGCAGCUCCGGAGACAACUCCAUCUCGAAGCCGCCCCAAGGUGCCGGCCUUUGACAGCGUACACGACGCCUGGCUGCACGGUCUGUCAUCGGCCGACGGGGUGAUCGGCGGCGCUCCGGAACAACUCCGGCGGCUGCGGACACAGGUAAUGGAAUGGCAGCGGCCCAUCGCGCUGACGGCUGGCGCGCCGUUUCGGCUCUGCUUCCGGCUCGAGGAACCGCCGGAGCCGGAGGACGGUGAGCGCGAAACCGCGGCAGCAACGGACGACGGGUGGUACCUGCGCUACCUGCUGCAGUCCCACGAAGACCGCAGCCUGCUGCUGCCGGCUGGCGAGGUCUGGAAAACCGGGGGCCAGCGGGCACACGACCUGGAACGGGAGGGUUUUAACCCGCGGGAGUUUCUGCUGGCGUGCCUGGGGCGGGCGGGCAGCAUCUGCGGCGGCGUGGCCGAUAGCCUGCACCGGAAGGAGCCGGCGGGACAGGAGCUGGACGCCGCCGCGGCGUACCGGUUCCUGACGCGGGAAUCCGUCGCCCUGGAAGAGGCUGGCUACGGCAUCAUGCUGCCCGCGUGGUGGACCCGCCGGGGAACCAAGGUCAGGCCCGCCCUGCGGGCCAGUGUGAAAACACCCCGUAUGCAGGGUGGCGGCGGCGUAUCGUUGGGGACCAUGCUGGACCUGAACCUGGAGGUGGCGCUAGGGGACCAGGUCAUCACGGCCCGGGAGCUGGAGGCGCUGGCCCAGCUGAAAGCGCCGCUGGUGCGGCUGCGGGGCCAGUGGGUGGAACUCAACGCCGGCGAGAUCCGGGCGGCGGUGGAUUUCUGGAACCGGAAGGGUGAGAGCUCGCUCGGCGACGUGAUCCGGCUGGCGGUGGGCGCCGACGAGACGCCGGGCGGUUUCGAGCUGGAAGGUGUGGCGGCCAGCGGGUGGGUGGAGGAGUUGCUGGAGCAGCUCACGGGACGGGCCGAGUUCCAGGAACUGGAAGCUCCGGAUGGGUUCUGCGGAACGCUGCGUCCUUACCAGAUGCGGGGACCGCCGGGAGGGGGCAAAGGGCCGGCGCUGCUGGUCUGCCCGACCUCGGUGCUCAACAACUGGCGCAAGGAAGCUGACCGGUUCACGCCCGAGCUGCCGCUGCUGGUGCAUCACGGCGCCGGCCGCAAGCGGGGCGCCGAAUUCGUCGAGGCGGCCAGCCAGCAGGCCAUUGUCGUUGCCAGCUACGGGGUGCUGGCCCGGGACGUGCAGUUCAUGUCCGAGGUGCCGUGGCGGGGGGUGGUGCUGGACGAGGCCCAGAACAUCAAGAACCCGGCCACGCGGCAGGCGAGAGCCGCCCGGUCGCUGGAAGCCGACUACCGGGUGGCGCUGACCGGCACGCCGGUGGAGAACCACGUGGGCGACCUGUGGUCGGUGAUGGAGUUCCUGAACCCGGGCCUGCUGGGCACCGAGGGCGAAUUCAGGCGCAACUACUUUGUGCCCAUCCAGGCGGAGCGGGACGCGGCGGCGGCCCAGCGCCUGCAGCGGGCCACGGGUCCCUUCAUCCUGCGGCGGCUGAAAACCGACCGGUGCAUCAUCGACGACCUGCCGGAGAAGAUGGAGAGCAGAGAAUUCUGCCCCCUGACCCGGGAACAGGCCACCCUGUACGAAGCCGUGCUGCGGGAAGCCGAGCAGUCACUGGAGGAGGCCGAGGGCAUCCGGCGACAGGGAGCGAUCCUGGAAACGCUGACCAAGCUGAAGCAGGUGUGCAACCAUCCCCGCCAACUGCUGGGUGACAACUCCGCCAUCGCCGGCCGUUCGGGGAAGCUGGCCCGGCUGGAGGAAAUGCUGGAGGAGGUCAUCGCCGUGGGAGACCGCGCCCUGGUGUUCAGCCAGUUUGCGGAGAUGGGCGCCAUCCUGCAGCGGCACGUCCAGGACACCUUCGGCAGGGAGGCGCUGUUCCUCCACGGCGGGGUGUCGCGGCGCCAGCGGGACCAAAUGGUGGAGCGGUUCCAGGACGCCGGCAACGGCCCCUCGGUGUUCAUCCUGUCGCUCAGGGCGGGUGGCACGGGCCUGAACCUGACGGCGGCCAACCACGUGUUUCACUACGACCGCUGGUGGAACCCCGCCGUGGAGAACCAGGCCACGGACCGGGCCUUCCGCAUCGGCCAGACCAGCAACGUUCAGGUGCACAAGUUCAUGUGCGCCGGCACCCUGGAGGAGCGCAUCGAUCUGAUGAUCGAGGCCAAGCAGGCCACGGCCGAGCGGGUGGUCGGCGCUGGCGAGGGCUGGCUGACGCGGCUGUCCAAUGAGGAGCUGCGGGAGGUACUGACCCUGGACCGGGAAGUCGUCGCCGCAUGA